AGGAUUUUUAAGCAGUUUUACAACAAAUUUUUCAGAAAUUGAAGUCAACCUCAGCACUAUUUCAUAGUUGUUUAAUGACAUUUCCAGUCUUUUAGCAAAUUUAACAUUUUGCUAAUAGCUUUUGCUUUUUCAGCAAAUCCUUUGAAGAAAAUUGUGUCAUCAUUUCCAGCAAAAAGCCUCCACAACUACUUUCAGUAAAAAGCAUUCACAGGUAAUGCCACUUUUCUAGUUUUAUUUACUUCUAUGAAAUGUUUCCAUUCACCUCAACUAGUGUUCAAAAAAAGGCACCCUGUGGCAUGACAAAGCUCUUUGAUGGAAAAAAAAAACCUGUUCAGCGACAUGUCGAGCUGCAGGUGAAUGACAUGUCACUCAAGCACCUACUGAAACAUUUCUGAGUGCUGGACGGAUUUAGUGUUCUUGACUGUACUGUACUGUACAGUCUUCAUACCCAAGACUGAACAUAUCCGCUUGAAGCACAAUGGAAUUUGCUUGUGGGUUUGUUUAUGUGCCGUCUUUAUUGGUUCAGAGAAAUAACCAGCGACCCAAUGUCGUGAAACGCUCAGCUCUUCUUCCUCCUGCUAAUCGGAUGCGCCCUCGCUCGCCUCCUCCUCCCCCUCCAACACACACUGCCAAAAACAAAGAACAGGAAAGAAGUCAAGAAGUGAAGGUCAAGAAGUCCUCUACCUCCUUUUACGAAAAUGCUCAGUUUCAUAUCAACCGGGAGACAACUUCCACCACGAAUGUGUUUCCUCAGCAGACAAACCCCAACCGAAAGACAGCUCUUCUUCCGCCACAUAUGAGACCUACAGUUGGAAAUGUGUUGGUCUCUCAGCCCCAGAGUAUUACCUAUGAAGAGCCAUUGAAUGAACCCAAAGUGAACAAACACAUCUGGGAUCCAAACCACUCCAACAGUUCGUCAGAUGGUUCGGGGAGUGAAGCAAAGCUGCAAAAUGACACAAGCAAUGCACAUAUAUCAGGCCCCGCCCUUCCACCGAGACCGUCGUUUUUUAAAUUAAUCCCAGAGUAUUUGACGCUGUUGCCGUCCUCUACCACAUCCCCCCAGAAGCAAUCAUCGCCUACUCAAUUUCCUCAGUCACCUACGGGGAAAGCGGAAAGCAAGCCACUGCAAGGAAAUCCCAACGUGGUUCUCAUCAGUUUAGCAAAAUUGCUCUCCGAAGAAGCAAUUCCUUUACAAGUGGAACCUUCCUCCUGCGCUCAUUGUGGCUCUGUUUUGGACUCCUUUGACAAUGACGUAAAUGAGUGUUACUUCUGUCGCCCCUGGGACUGUCCAGACCCCCCACAUAUCCCUUCAAACGACCUUCAGGAUGGACUGUUUCUGCUCAAUCCCAACGAAAAGCCCCAGUCGGCUGAUUCCCUCAUCCUUUUCUGCAUCGAUGUGUCGGGAUCCAUGAGCAUCACCUCUGAGGUUUUAGAUGGAGAACACAUAUCAAGACUUCAGUUUGUCCAGGAAGCUGUGGUACAGUGUGUUCAGCGGCUCAGUGAGCAGCAGCCUGACACGCGUGUAGGCCUCAUCACCUUCAGCUAUCAGGUGACAAUUCAUGGAUAUGAAAAUUUUGCAUCCCAGCUCCUGAGCGGGGCGGAGUUGACUAAAAUCAAGCAUCUAAAAAAGGUGGCCGCAAGUUUGCCGAACCCACCUCCUAUUUCUCAGACUAGAGAGUUCCUACAAAGACAAGUGAUGGGUUUAUCUGCAAAUGGAACCACAGCGCUGGGUCCAGCUGCUCUUCUUGCCAUAGCAAUGGCUUCCAGACAACCAGGCUCCAAGGUGAUAAUUUGCACAGACGGGAAAGCCAAUGCAAAGCUGGGAAACCUUGAAGAUGAGGAUAUUGAUGCUCAAACGCUCCUCUCAUCCACGAUUUUCUACCAGGAGUUAGGGGAGUAUGCUGCUAAUCAAGGUGUGAUGGUGUCUGUGCUGUCCAUAGAAGGGACUGACUGCAGGCUGGAUGAGCUGGGAAGACUCGCUGAUCGCACCGGAGGGAAAGUGGUUAUAGCCAGUCCCAACCGAUUGCACUCAGAGUUUGAGCAGAUUAUUCAGAACAGAACCAUAGCCACGCAAUGUACAGUCACCCUACUGCUGCCCAGAUCACUACGCUUAAAAGGAGAGAAGGAAGCGGGACACAAGGGGACCAGAGAAGUGGGGAACGUCAACCAGGAUGCAGAGAUUACCUUCCAGUUUGGAGCGAACGAAGAAAGCAAAUACGUGCCAGCUCCUGGAAGUCGUGUGUCCAUCCAGCUGCAGAUCAAGCACAGGCAGAGGAACGGGCAGACGGUGCUCAGAGUGUUCACUGCAGACCAGGAGGUUACUGAUGACAGCUCCGCCGUGCUGUCCUCCCUGUCUCUGACCAUCAUUCAGCUCAACUCGUCUCAGGCCAGCGCCGCGUUGGCCGUCAGAGGCCGCCUGCUGGACGCCAAAAAGGAAGGAGAAAUGCAGCUGAAGCUCAUUGAGAGGGCAAUUGAGCACAAUCGCAGCACAGAGGAGCAACAAACAUUUAAGGAAUGGGUUAAAACAAUGGAGCCAUUAUAUAACAACAUUCACAGUUUGGCAAGAAAUAAAUCUACUAUUUCAGACUCUCAGUCUCUAACAGACGCUGGUGCAGCACUGCUCUACACCCUGAAGCACAGCAACAGGAAGUCAAUUAGCCUGAAGAAAGAAUAUCAACGUUAGUCGGACACUUUUUACCCAGUUGGACCCGACCCAAGUUAAAACUCACAAUUGUUCCUCUGGUGAUCUGACUGAUUCAAUGACAUAUUUGUAAAGUACAUUUUGUAUAUAAGCUGUAAUAAAAAUUGCUUUAAUUUUGUAAAUAA